UUACAUAAACUCUCAUUGUUAUUCCCCUUCCCGCUGUUUCCUCUCAUUCUUCCCCUUCAAUCCAGUUCUAGUCUCUCAUAUUUUCUCUAUCUUCCUUCUCAAAAUCUCCCAAAUUACACUUAAUUCACACACACAUAUACGUAUAUGACUAUAUCCAUAUGUAAUUUGGCAUCAUGAAGAAGAAAUCCUAGCUUUUUCAUAAACCCUAAUUAAGCAUUUCUCCCUUAAUUCUGUGUGACCAGCACUAGAUUUUGUGGGUUUUGUUCUAAUUCAUCUUUCUACAUAAAUUUGUGGCUUAUAUCUGAGAAGAGAAGAGACGAGAAAAUGGAGGCGAUACCACAUCCGAUACCGAGGACUGUAGAGGAAGUGUUCACCGACUUCAAAGGCAGAAGAGCUGGUUUGAUCAAGGCUCUUACCAUUGAAGUGGAUAAGUUUUAUCAGCGUUGCGACCCUGAGAAGGAGAACCUGUGUCUGUAUGGGCUUCCAAAUGAGACAUGGGAAGUCAACCUGCCUGUCGAGGAGGUUCCUCCCGAGCUUCCUGAACCAGCAUUAGGUAUAAACUUUGCUAGGGAUGGGAUGCAAGAGAAGGACUGGUUGUCACUUGUUGCAGUUCACAGCGAUUCAUGGUUGCUUUCUGUUGCAUUCUAUUUUGGUGCACGAUUUGGGUUUGGUAAGAGUGAAAGGAAGAGGCUUUUCCAGAUGAUCAAUGAUCUCCCAACCGUAUUUGAACUUGUGACCGGAAAUGUAAAGCAGUCAAAGGACCAGUCUGCCACACACAACAACAGCAACAAAAGCAAAUCAAGUGCGAAAACGUCUCGACAACCUGACUCCCAGCCGAAGGCAGUAAAGAUGCCUCCUCCACCAAAAGAAGAGGAUGAGAAUGGUGAGGAGGAGGAAGAAGAUGAUGAACAGGGAGCAACACUAUGUGGAGCUUGCGGAGAUAACUAUGGGACUGAUGAAUUCUGGAUUUGCUGUGAUGUGUGUGAGAGAUGGUUCCAUGGAAAAUGUGUAAAGAUUACACCUGCCAAGGCUGAGCAUAUCAAGCAGUACAAGUGCCCUGGUUGCAGUAGCAAGAGGGCUAGAGUUUAAAUCUAGAUUCUGAAGUUGGAGAGCAGCCAAUCAAACUGAGCAUAAAAGGUCUAGAACUUGUUGGUUUACCGUUUCACAAUGAAACAACUUAAGAAAGUGGCCCCUAUUUAAGGUAGUUAGAAUGCCUGCUGAAAGGAUUUUAAUUUCUAAUUCUCUCCUGCCCUCAACUUUUGUCUAAAUAUUAUGACAUUUGUGUUUUAGAAGUGGCUGGCAGACAUUUAUUUGUUGGUGCGUUUCUUUUUAGAUUCUGCUAAAAUGCUUCUUCUCUUGGGUUUUGGUGCAUUUAGUUGGACUAUUUUAUGUUCUGAACUCAGAAUCUCAUGUUUGUUCUUGCAUUGAUUCGUUCAAUUUCAUUGCUAUUCUAGCAUGGUGCAACAUGCC